CUUUAUAGUAGAUUGUACCAUUAAGUUUUAGUUAAGGGGAAUAACAAUGAACAAGCUGCUUUGGUCAUGAUUGAACUACUCAAAAGUUAUACCGAUAAAAAGUCUUCCCUAGCACGUGAAGAUGCAAUUCGUUGUAUUGCAAUAGCCUUGGCAGAUUCAAAUACUUUUCUGUUAGAUCCUUUAUUGUCUUUGAAACCUGUCGGAUCAUUGAAAGAGGAACUGAUACAUGAUUUGUUGAAAAUUUUUGUUAGUGAAGACUUGACUGUCUACCUCAAAUUUUAUAAGGAGCUUGUGAAGGUACAAGGGUUAAAUCAUGAGCGGAAUUUGCAGAAAAUUAGAUUAUUUUCUUUCAUACAGCUACCUCAAAGUAAUCCAGAAAUCUCAUUUGUUAUCAUUGUGAAGGAACUUCAAAUAAAACCUGUUGAAGUUGAGUUUUAUUAUUGAAGUAUUAAAGACAAAGUGGGUUCGGGCCAGAAUGGACCAAUAGUAUGGGUCAGUAUGUGUUUGGGACAGUGUAAUUCAUCCUUCCAGGUUUGGGUAUAAAGACUACCUUUACCUCUCUCCAUUUUUGGGGAUAUACAUCAG